AUGUAUAGAUUAUGGAGAAAAUUGCAUAGAUUGGAGCCAGCCAUCAAGCCUUUAAUAAAAAAAGUGACUGACAUUCAAAUCCAGAGUCAACAAGCUAGAAAAGAUUUACUGCAGGCUCAAGAGCAUCUCAAUAGCCACUUAUUUGACAGCCAGGCCAUUGAGCAAGUGAAACUGUGCAAUGACCACCUUAUCCAGCUGAAUCAAGUGGAGGAAUCUAUUCUUAUGCAAAAGGCUAAAAUUACUUGGUUGAAACUUAGAGACAACAACAACUCCUUUUUCCAUGCUUUAGUGAAGGAAAUGAAUAAACACAAAAGAUUAUAUACUCUAACCUCUUUAAAUGGUAAUGUUAUUAGCACCCAAAAGACUAUUGAAGAGGAAAUUAUUGAAUUCUACAAGCUGGUGGGGACAACAACAACUGGAUUAAAAGUAAUUGACAUACUUAUUAUUAGAAGGGGUAACAGUUUGUCUUGGGAUAGUUCUCAGAAACUGAACAGACCUGUUGAUGAUAAGAAAAAUUGGAAUGAACUUGUUGCUAUUGGAAAUACCAAAUCUCCAGGAAUUGAUGGUUUCAACUCUUUCUUCUUUAAAUUUGCCUGGCCAAUUGUGAAGUAUGAUGUCCAAGAAGCAAUUAUGGAAUUCUUUCAAACCAAAGACAUGUAUCUAGCUGUUCAUUGCUCUCGUGUAUCCUUUAAUUCCUAA